AAUGAGGAGACCCCGCCCCGCCGAGCCCCCGGAGCGCUGAGGGCCGGUCCCACAGAGACGCGGCCAUGGAAGGCAAGGGGACGCAGGGGUUUCUGCCGCCCUUCAAGCACUUCGCCACCGAUGCCAUCCACGCCGGCCAGGAGCCCGAGCAGUGGCGCUCCGGGGCCGUGGUGCCGCCCAUCUCGCUCUCCACCACCUUCAAGCAGCGGGCGCCCGGCGACCACGCGGGUUAUGAAUACAUCCGGUCUGGGAACCCCACUCGGGAUUGCUUGGAAAAGGCUGUGGCCGCCCUUGAUGGAGCCAAAUACAGCUUGGCUUAUUCCUCUGGCUUAGCAGCUCUUUUGAACAUCUGUCACCUACUGAAGACAGGGGACACAAUUAUCUCCAUGGAUGAUGUGUAUGGAGGCUCAAACAGAUACUUCCAGAAAGUAGCCUCAGAAAAUAAUUUGAAAGUAAUUUUUGUUGACUGCACAAAGCCAAAAUGCCUGGAAGCUGCAAUUACACCAGAGACCAAGCUGGUUUGGCUCGAGACCCCCACGAACCCCACGCUGAAGGUGCUGGACAUCAAAGCCUGUGCAGACAUUGUGCACAGGCAUCCGGGGGUGCUGCUGGCCGUGGACAACAGCUUCAUGUCUGCCUACUUCCAGCGUCCCUUGUCCCUGGGAGCUGAUAUUUGUACGUCUUCUGCAACCAAAUACAUGAAUGGGCACAGUGAUGUCCUCAUGGGCCUGGUCUCUGUAAACAGGGAUGAUCUCUAUGAGAGGCUGAAAUUCCUGCAGAACUCCCUGGGAGCUGUCCCCUCCCCCUUUGACUGCUUCCUCUGCAACCGGGGGCUCAAGACUCUGCACAUCCGGAUGAAGCUGCACUUCAAGAACGGCCUGGCUGUGGCCAAGUUCCUGGAAUCCCAUCCCCGGGUGGAGAAGGUCAUUUACCCAGGGCUGCCUUCCCACCCCCAGUAUGAGGUGAUGAAGAAGCAGUGCACGGGCUGUCCUGGGAUGGUCACCUUCUACAUCAAAGGGAACAUCAAAAAUGCCUCUGCCUUUCUCAGUAAUUUGAAGGUGUUUUCCUUGGCUGAGAGUCUGGGUGGCUUCGAGAGCCUGGCAGAGCAUCCGGCCAUCAUGACCCACGCCUCAGUGCCUGAGGAGGAAAGGAAAACUCUGGGAAUCACAGACACCUUGAUCCGCCUCUCGGUGGGGCUGGAGGAUGAGGAGGAUUUGCUGGCAGACCUGGACCAGGCCCUGGAGGCUGCGUUUGCAUAAACCUUGAGGGUCAAACAGGACCUUGGAACUGGACAUGGCUGUGGACGAGGACACGGAAAACCAAACCACUCUUGCUUUGCCUUUGGGAAUUCCAGCCUGGGUUCCUGGGACUCUCCCUGCUGCUGUUGGGCUGCUCUCCCUGCCUGUGCAGGGUGUGCUGGGCACAGCCUGGGCUCUCCCUGGAGCCAGGAGCUGUGGGAGCAGCCGUGGGCACCCUGGGAAUGUGAUCCCAGUUCUCCCAGCAGAGCUCAGGGCUCCUCCUGCUCCUGCAGGGUUUGGGGCUCAGGGGCUGCUUCCUCUUGCUGCUCUCAGGGCAUUCUUUUCUCACCCAUCAGCUCAGCUCAGCUCAAAAACUUGAUUGACCUCAGAUUUAUUUUAAUUAAGUUAGAAAUUUGCCUAAGAGCUUUUUCUUCUCUUGAUGUUUUAUUGAAGAUGGAGUGAAAUCCAACACCUGGUAAAUAAUAACUUUCUAAAGUGGAGUCUUUGUCUCUUUUAAGAAAAACCCAUGUGCUGUGGGAAUGAUUUGAAUAAUUUUAAUUAAAACAGACUUUUCCUUUCCUUGCUUAUA